AUGCACGUUCAUUAUAAUUCUGUUCGCGUGUUAAGUACAGCAUACAAAAGACUUAUUAAUUUACAUUUUCCCUUAGGAAGAAGUUGUGAUGAAUUAUACCAAUUGGGUAAGGGGGUUACCAGCGUUUAUAAAAUUGAUCCGAAUGGUCUAGGAGAUUUUGAUGUUCCAUGCGAUAUGGAAACCGCUCUAGGGAGGGGCUGGACUAUUUUCCAAAGGCGUGUAGAUGGCUCUGAGGACUUUUGCAGAAACUGGACUGAAUACAAAACAGGAUUUGGAAAUUUGUCUGGUGAAUUUUGGCUCGGUUUGGACAAGAUUCAUCGCCUCUCAGCCAGUGGACAGAAUGUACUGAGAGUUGAUCUCGAGAGUUUUGAGAACGAGACAGCUUAUGCAGUUUAUCAAUUAUUUUCUGUUGAAAAUGAAAACAAGGCUUACCUUUUGAAUGUUGACAACUACUCAGGUAAUAUCGAAUAUGUUAGAGUUAAACACCGAGGGCGGAGGUAUUUUGUCAUAUACAUCCCGAGGGCCGUAGGCCCUAGGGAUGUAUAUGACUAAAUACCGACGCCCGAGGUGUUUAACUAACUUAUUUCAUGAUCUGGAGGUUUAUUUCCAAAACAGCUCUUACGCUUGUGGGACGUAACACAAGGCUGAGUAUGCGCACUAUAUACGCUUUAAAAUGUGGUCAAGCACGCGCAGUAUAUCAUUUCACGUCCCACAAGCGAAAGAGCAGAUGUUACUGUAUAAAUUCCCUGCACAAGCAAGUUUGGUGGUUGAUCCAGCUAGUCCUCGUGCGCCGAAUGAUACUUACUCUUAGGGGCCGACCAUUUAACUUUUGAGGGGGGAGGGGGGGUGAUUUUGAAAAAAAAUUUCCUGCAAGGCUAUUCUGGACAAAAAAAAUACCUGCACUAACAAACUGGGGAAAAAAUAUCCUGCCCCAGUAUUUGGUGGGGAAAAACAUGUUGCAAAACAGCAUGGUUGCAGGGAUCGAUUUGACCAGUCCCAGAAGAUCAGCUGGUUUGAUUUUCAGGGACUGGUGUAAGGUUAAUAUCUUGUUGGAAAACUCCUCAAAAUGCUGGAAAUAGCUUAUCUGAGCUUCAAAAAAUCCAAAAUUUUCUGGGGGGCCAUGCCCCCAGACCCCUCUAGAGGCUCGCAACUGCGGUGGUCGACUCUGUUGUUGCUGCCCUAUGACGUAUACUUAUUAGUUAAACCAUGCAUAUAUAUGCUGUAGGUAGCUGCAGUGAUACAGACAGGGCUGUAGCAAGGGGGGUAUUGGGGGUGGUUAACCCCCCCCCACCCAACUUUUUUAGAAUCAACAUAUUCAGAAAAUCGGGUUGGCCAUUCGGAAAAUUACGGCAAUUAUUUAAUAGUAGAACAAAAUUUUAGUUGUUAAACAGAGAAAAUAUUAUAAAAUUGUAUUGUCACAAUAAAUUGUAAGCAAAUUGUAAAUUUCGUCAUACUAAAACGCUUUUUUCUGACCAUCAGCAUUCUUCUCAAAACUUCCCCAAAGUCCAGGAAAUGGCAUUUCAAAAAUUUCCUCGGGCCUCCGGCCCUGGUUUUCUGCUCCCAAUUAACAAAAGCUCCCUACCGCACUGCUUCUGUAAUAUGUCUGUGCGUAAAUUAUGCAUAUUUUUGUUAAUUGUAAAUUACGUCUUCAUUUUCCGAAUAGCAAACACCUUCAUGGCUAAUAGUAUGCCAUGAUAUAUUCGGAAAUUAUUUUCGUCAUUCGGAAAUUUUUGGCCUACACCCCCCCCCCCCAACUAUACAUGCUAGCUACGGCCCUGGAUACAGACUUGCCGACUGGAACUUCUCCAGGUCCCCCGCUAAUUAUGUCCUCUCCAGUUGCACAUCUUUAAAAAAGGCACUGAACCAAAUGUUAUACCUCAUAGCAAAAUGUAUUAUUAAGAGCAAUGCAUGAAGCUAAAAAACUCAACGUUAACUAUAAUCUAAAUAGUAUAAGCUAUUGAAAAAAAAAUGCUGCGAAAGAAAGUGUGGCAAAAAAAAAAUCGUACAUGGUGAUGGUGAUAAAAAAAUAUCUUGCACAUAACGAUCCCAGAAAAAAAAUUCCCUGCCAGCAGUAAAUCACCCCCCCCCCCUCAAAAGUUAAAUGGUCGGCCCCUUACCUAAUGGUAGAGUUUUGACGGGCUCUGAUGUACACGGCUGUUGUCUCUUUCCCGACUGGAGACGGUACAGCGUUUAUCGAGUUGGGAAAGAGACUAACCUCUCAUUAGGUACUUACCCAGAUAAGUACAUCAUGAGUAUAGUUUUAGUGAGGUAUUUAUCUAGAUAAAUACCUCAUUAAACUAUUCAUGAGGUAUAUAUCUAGUUAAAUACCUCAUGAAUAGCUUAAUGAGGUAUUUAUCUAGAUAAAUACCUCAUUAAACUAUUCAUGAGGUAUAUUUAAGGGUUAGAGACUGAUGUGAGUGUUUUGUUUACAAAUACAAGCACGAGCUGACUGUACAAUGAACGAGAAAUUUUCAAUGCUGAACGAGGCGAAGCCGAGCUAGUGCAGUAUUGAAAAUUUCGAGUUCAUUGUACAGUCAGCAAGUGCAUGUACAUGUAAACAAAACACGAACUUAAAGUCUCUAACCCAUUUAAUAUAUUAUCUGAGUUUACUGCUUGCAUGCAAUUAUACUGUACGCCUUUUGUAAACAAAACAAAACAAAACAAAACAAAACAAAACAAAACAAAACAAAACAAAAUUAAAUUAAAACAAAGCAAUUCCAGUUUGGAAAAGAACAUUUAUUACCACAUUUUCAUCAUAAGUUUUUACCAAUAGUCUAAUUUUAAGUACAUUGCAAAAUAAUUGCGUACAACUGUUUUUAAAACAAGACAACGAAUACAAUGAAAAACUCGACUAGACUUUUUAAGCUGGAAUUUUACACGCGACAAAAUCGUGAAAAGUCAGUUUUUGCUUCGUUUAUUCACCUUGAAAGAUGACAAUGCACCAGUUUGUUUGGCUUUUUAUACUUUUAGACACUGCAUUAUACAAUUUGAUUAAUUUCGUCUUCACUGACUCGUGUAAACCUUGAACCGACAACCUUGCGGGAAGCCAUUUUCAAUAAUGCACGUUUUUUAUGCGUUAUUGUCAAUAAUGCACUCGCAGAAUUCGUUGUUUCCAGGUAACAAAAACACACGUGAUCGAUUUUGACCAAUGGCGUGCGUGUAUUUUGUACAGUGAACGAAGAUUAUAUAUUAAAUCUAGAUAAAUACCUCAUGAAUAGUUUAAUGAGGUAUUUAUCUAGAUAUAUACCUCCUCAUGUGUGUAUUGAGCAAUUCAAAUUCAUACAUCAGCCCCGCUCUUCCCUGCUGAAAAUCAAAUCCCUCCCCGGGCUUUCAGAUGGACGAGUAAUUACGCUAGAUACAAGGUCUUGAAUAACAAAAGAAAGCGACUCAAUCAUGAAAUAAAUAGAUAUAAAUCCCUUGCAUGCUUGUAUUGGGAGAAUAAUUCUUAAAUUAACUCGUUAAUAAUACACAAGGGAAACCAACAAAACACAAAGGAAACCGACACCGUAUCGUUGUCUUCAUACCACGGUAAUAAACGCUCAUAAAUGAACUCAUCUAUCGCCUUGAAUUGAUCUUUAAUUAAAAAAUUAAUAAUAAUUAAUGAGGAAAAGACAAAGGAAAUCACUGCCGUGUCGGUGGUUUUAUACGCGAUAAAAAUCAUGAUAAUUUACAUAAACUCUAGCUUUGAUUUUCUCUGCUUAAACAACGUCUCUUUUUAAAAUUUCUUGGCCAAUGAACUCAUAAGAUGGGUGGUUUUUAAGCUAUUUAAAUCACUCGCAGUCUGUGCUUUAUCAGAUAUAAAAUACUCGGCUAUUGCCUCGUGUUUUAUAUCUGCUUAAAGCACCUCUGCUCGUAUUUUAAAUAGUACAUACAAGUUUGUUUGAGUAAAAUUUUGCGUGAAACGAUUCACCCAGUCACUCAAAAUAGUGACUCAAAUUUACCAAAUUUAUGAGAAAAUUUACUCAAUAUUUUGAGUAAGAUAAAUGCACCCACAGUCACUCAAAUUGCUGGGUAAAGCGUUGACUUACUCAUAAAUUAACUCACAGGCGACAUUAACGUUUUAUAUAUUUUUCGGUAAAGACUGGGAAUAUCAGCGAUUUUCUUAACUGCGAAUUUUACUUAACAUUUAGUAAGCAAAUUCUCGAUCUCAAUUCUUAUUAAAAUAAACGAAGCCACAUGCAGUGACUUAAAUUUGAGUAAAAUUGAGUAAAACUUUGAUUUUCUCAUUAAAAAUUUCAAAUAUUGAUUUUACAACACUUCAUUUUGAGCAUUUCACUAAAAAGUAAUUUCCAAGCUUCAAGUAAAAUUUGAACUUUAAUUUUUUUACAUGGACCAUGCAAAUAGUAAAAUUGUGGUUACUUUAACACUGGAAACUUGAGAAAAAGAGUAAAUAACAGAAACAACAUUAAAACCCACAAGCAAGAGCGUCAUAACCUGGAGGGAUGGGAUGAGAGAGCAUCUCGCCUCCACUAUUUGGGUUGGGGAUGAAUAUAUAAUUAUCCUUCUAUUUUAACAUAUACCACAAAAAUAACAAAAGUACAGGAUUACAUGCCUCCAGGUCUUUUGACCUGCUCUGCCUGCCCACUUUCUGGAUUGGUGCUCUUGCAUACAAGGAUGCUCCUACAAGUUUCAUAUAUAUUCAGUGACUUAAUUGGUCACGAAUUAUUAAUUUGUUUGAACUUACGUUGCAUGUUUCCUUUAAAGGGACGGCUGGAGAUUCAUUAUACUAUCACAAUGGCAUGAAAUUCACCACCCAAGACGUCGACAAUGAUCUCAACGAAGGCGUACACUGGUCGCACAGAAACUGUGCACAGGAGCGGCAUGGUGGAUGGUGGUUUAAUGAUUGUAGCGAGGCACACCUGAAUGGUGCAUAUCUACGCGGUCAUCACAAUCAGGAAUGGAAAGGUAUAUGCUGGUAUCGUUUUAAAGGAGGAUAUUAUUCUUACAAAGUCACCGAAAUGAAAGUAGGACGUGACAAGACUUAA